AUUCAUUUGUGCCCCGCCCCCCGCCAGGACUGGUUUGUUCAGGUGUGUUGAGCUGGCCUGUCAUUUUCCAACCAAAGGCUUUACCAGUGAGGACUCAUUAGGCCUUUCAGAAUAUGACCGAGCUCAGUCAGCUAUCACAACAGCAGAAUAAUACCUGGUUUGGGGCCUCCCAACCCACUUGGAUCCAAAAUGGAGUUGUUCCCGAAUGGUUCUAUUGGAGAAUUAGCAGGAAGGCUGCCGAAGAUCUUCUCGUAUCCAAGCCUCCAGGCUCCUUCCUUAUCAGAGUCAGCGAGAGCAGAGUUGGCUACACGCUCUCAUAUCGUGCCGAGGGUCGCUUCAGACAUUUCAUGAUUGAUGCCAAGGAGGACGGCUCUUGCACCAUUGUGGGUGAGAGAAAGUGCCACUCUAGUUUGCAACAACUGGUGGACUUUCACCGAAAGGUCCCCAUCGCGGCCCACAACGAGGUGCUGACUUUCUCUUGUGGACGGGCCUCAAAUGUAUGGAAGAAAUACAGCGGCAACAGUUCUGUGCAGUCCAGCACGAGUCAUGUGACAUCGAAAGAAAAUCAAGAAUAUCACAAUAAUGAUGAGUCCCGCAACCAUGCACGUCCAGCCAUGCCCGUUCCAAAGACCAGGAAGCGAUACAUCACUGACAACACGAUGCCCGUGAAACCUCUCGAAACUCCUUCUAAGAAUGUGCUCACGCCCCCCAACAAGGAGGUGACCCCCGCUCCCAUCGUUGACCACCACAAUGAGACGAACACUAAGACUGAAGAGCUGCAGGAGAUGUCCUGGGAGCAGCUGUUCGACGCUGUGCUCUCCCCUUACGACGACGAUGAGGGCGAGAACCUACCGCAAGAGUACUCACCACCUCCUCCUUUCGCACCCGGUUACCAAACAAAAGAAGCAUGACGGAGAAAACACAGCAACAGGAUUAUUUACCGGAUUGGAGAUCGACCCUCUGAGAGAGGCAAAACCCGAUUAAUGUGAAUGCGCAAUCCAUCCAUGCAUCCAUUUUCUCCACCAGCAAUUGUCAGCGUGAUUGUGUGUACCACUCGUGGUAUAUCGGCUCCCUCUAGCUGUACAUGAAGGAAUCGCUGCUUGAACAGUUAAGUUAAUUGUAUUUUAAGUUUUACGUUCAUUGAGUUUGCAUUUAUUCUUGAAGAGCUUUUUGUUUUUAAUCAUUUAUUGAGGAAUUUA